ACCAUGGAAGGGCGGAGCCAGGUGUACAACAUUCCCGUCGUCCAGCCCGACCUGCGGCGAGAGGAAACCAUACGGCAAAUCGUUGACGCCCUCGACUACCUCGACAAGGUCGCCAACGACGUCUUUGACAGGAUAUCCUCCCGCGUGGCGGACAACCGCACGCGGCUCCAGGCGGUGAACACGAGAAUCAGCACGGCGCAGGCGAAGAUCAACGCCAUCCAGGGCAGCCGCAAGGCCACCAAGGUGUUCUCCAGUGCCAAGUACCCUGCUUCAGACGAGCUACAGGAGUACACCUCACUGUUUACCGGCCAGGCGAAGCUUCUGGAGCCGCGCCGCACCAGCUACCACCUGCAGACCAAGCACCCGGCGGUGGACGACCGGGUCCUGAAAGAGAAGCUGCAGUAUUAUAAUGUGCAUCUCAACAUCAAGAAGCAGGACAAGACAGUGGACGCUACUAAGGAGGGGCUGGGGCGUCUUCCCAGGAACAUCAGCUCUGUCAGCUCGCUCCUGCUCUUCAACACGGCGGAAAACCCGUACAAGAAGUAUGUGACCCUUGACCCCCUGGGCGUGGUCACCAAGACGAGGAAGGAUAUUGAGGAGGAGGAGGAGGGACUGGCGGACGCCCCGUCAACCAUCACCAACCGCGAGCAGCUGGAGCGCAUCCAGGCCGAGAACUACUUCUACAUCCCUAAUAUGGGCGAGGUGCCGGAGAUCGAUGUGCCCAACCUGCUGCCUGAUCUGCCGGGAGUGGCAGAUGACCUUGCCUACAGUGCUGACCUUGGGCCUGGAAUCGCUCCGUCGGUUCCGAGCGUCAUCCCCGACCUUCCCUCCAUUGUGCCUGACGAGAUCACCCCGUCCGGCCCUGCCGGCGCACCCCCCGGCCCCCCUCCCCCCACAGACGCUGCCCCACCCCCUCCGCCACCCCCUCCUGCUGGUGCACCACCACCUCUUCCUCCUCCACCCCCAGGCCAGGGGGACCCCCUCCCACCACCCCCUCCUCCUCCUCCACCUGCCCCAGACGAUGCCGGAGGUCCGCCUGCACCCCCUCCCCCUGCCGGCGCCCCCCCUCCCCCACCGAAGGAAGCGCCGGCGGCGGUGACAUCCGAUGCGCGCUCGGACCUGAUGGCGGCAAUCCGCUCGGCGGGCGGCUCCGGGAAGGUCAAGCUGAAGAGCGCAAAGGAGCAGAAGACAAUGCGGAAGAAGCAGAAGGACGAGUCUAAGGCGGCGCCGGUAUCAUCGGGCGGAGACCUCAUGUCCGACCUCGCCUCCAAACUCUCCAUGAGGAGGAAGGGCAUCUCAGGGACCAAACAGGCCGGGGGGGACGAGGACAAGAGGGGGGGUGCUGCGGCCCCACCGUCCGGAGGGGGGUCCGCUAUGGACCGCAUCUCGGCAAUGAUCCCGGCACCCCCCUCGGGUGGGGACGAUACUGGCGGGAACGAUGAUGAUGACUGGGACUAACGAUGAACGACAGCCGUUCUGUAUGCUGUAGCUGCCGAGGCCACGCUGGGAAAGUUCUGGGGUUUCUACUCUCCAAGCAGACGUUAGCCUCUGGCUGGUUUAGGAUGUCUUAGGUGUUUUUGUCAAGGAUUGGUGUUGUACAGAAAACCUGACUGAAUACUGAAUAACAAGCCCAGCCAAAAUGCCUAAGAAAUAUCCUUAACCA